AUUGUUACAGAACAUCUCAGUCCUACGAAUGUGGAUGCUGAGGUUUUAGAAGAAACCAAUCCUGUUGUUUCUUCCGCCAAUGAAGAGGUCGCGGAUAAUUUUGACCCAGAUUUAAUAAAAGCUCUUGGCGAAACGGAAACCGAGCAAGGUGAAUUUGGAGUGGACCUGCAACCUGACAUCGCCAGUCGUUUCCAACAGAUUUUGAUAAACGGCUUAAAAAAGGAAACGCGGGAGGAGUUAUUGAAAAAAUAUUUGUUUCCCAGCAAUGUUCCUCUGGCCAAAGCUCCUACACUGAACCCAGAGGUAGCAGCAAUGCUGGUGGAGACUUGCCGCCUUCGGGACAAGCGAUUAUAUGGUAAGCAGGAUCAGCUUGGGAGAGCUCUUGCGGCUGUCGGGAAGGCCCUGACAUAUUUAUUAAAGAAGAACCCUGACAUUGCCGAGGUGAUAUCUACUUUGAAUGAUGCCGGCAAACUAAUCGCCGAUUCUCAUUAUGCGGAAACCGACACCCGUCGAUCAGUCAUUAUACCUCUGGUUGAUAAAUCUCUCAUUGAAUCCUUUAAGGACAGGAAAAGAGAUAGUUUUUUGUUCGGUGACAAAUUGGGCGACUUAGUAAACACCUCAAAGGGCAUAAAGAAGACAAGUCAAUUUAUACAAGCAUCGACAUCUGCAAACGCAGGGUUAAACUCGACAGGCCCACCGCCUUAUCGACCGCGGCAACAACGAGCCAGGCAAUACUACCCGCGUCGUGUCGGUGGGCCGCCAACGACCUACCCUCCGCACCAGCUCGUGAAUCGGCGGCGCGAACUACCGACGCGAGCGCCCGGUCGACGUUACCCCCCGCCGCCUCCGCCGCCGCCGCCACCGCGCGCUCGACGUCACCCGCCGCAGACGCAUCGUUCAACCUAUCGGGAUCGGGACCGCAAUUAG